GGUGUGUUCCCCAAUCUGAUCAAGAAAGCUAGCUUGAAAUGGUCAAUUGUGGGGCUGUAGUCAGCGUCUCACGAAACAACUACGGCUGACUAUGGCAAGACAAUGGGCGCACGCACUCGAUGACAACCGAGGAUUUUAGUUCGCACAGAAGCAAUAGAACGAUGUUCCUGGGGAAUGAGCCUCUAGACACUUGCAUACAUCCGCUCGACCUUUGAGUAUUCCGAUCCCUUUUUGCGAUAGCUCCUCCUUUUUCGCCCAAAGUCAUACCAUUCUCAACGCGCCAAAGCGCAAGUGAUAUGUCUCCAGUUUACUCGAACUUUGUCGACAGUCCUAUCGGCGUGGUAAAAACCAUGAUCCACUCGAUUCUCAGACGCCCUGCACCGUACCCGAGUUUUGCAUCAUCCUCUACUUCAGACCAAAACGAAGACACACCAAUCCGACCCAACAAACACGAACUGGAUGCAAGACCUGGUGAAAGACGAUCGUCAUAUGCACUAUCACCCUACAUUAUCAACAUUUUGUUGGCAGUAGGACUGACAGUUCUUGUCGGAUUUGUCUUCCGUCCUUUUCCACCGCAUGGUCCUAAGAUGAAGACAUUGAGCUGCGGAUCUAACCCAGCUGAGGCACGCAAGAACGGCUGCACAUACGAUGUGCUAGGGAAUAUCUGGGUUCCUACUCCCUGUCUGGACACGGAAAAUCUCGCCGAGUUCAAGCGCAUGGCUCCCUGGCUGGCAUAUGACUCUGCCAACGCUACUCGUCAGCUCACAGAGGAGGAGAUGUCGGAAUACCUCAUACCAGAUGGAUAUUGGACACCAGUGCGUGAGCACAUGAUUCAUUGUGCUCUGAUGUGGAGAAGAUUGCAUGACGGGUUUGAGAAGAACGGAAGGUUGUUGGAUAAGCAUGUUAUCCAAAUGCACCAUACUGAGCAUUGCAGCCAAACUUUGAUGGAGCAUCUUGAUAUGCCUACUUCCUUCCUCGACGAGAUACGUACUCGAACAGAAGCCGGGUAUUCCAGUUGUCAGGUUCCUGCUUAACUUGUUCGACGCAAUUGUAUUUAGUUAUCAUCCUAGGCAGCGAAGGCCAUUUGAAACGUAGCUAGCCGAUUUGCGCAAAUUCAAAACGAACCUUGUGAAGCAACGAAAUGAGUAAAGGAGAGAGUUCCAAUGAACAGCAGUAUGAAUUGUGCGUGGACGUGUGCAGAGUGCGAAAGUUGGCUGGCUUUGAUUACAAAGCGCAGUCUCGGUACAGUGCGUGACGGCUUAAGUCGAGAUCGGAGAUACUACUCAGAAGCAUAGCGGAGAGUACGCGCACCGGGUUUGGGUAUGUGUCGACGAGUGGUCAGGUUACGGAUGGUUGUUAGUUUGGUCGUUGUGUCGUAGCUGGGUUGGUGAGCGCAGAGCUCGGGGUGGGCUCUAUUUUCUCCGGCGCGUCCCUGGGGUCGCUGUUCAGC